AUGAUGGGAAGUGGACUGGAGCUGAAACGCCUCGGAGAAUGGAGACCAGUGGACGACUUUUACUGGAACCUGAAGUCAUUAACUGCAGUCUGUGAAUGUCUGGACUGUGGCUCUGUUGUUUCCAUCAAUACAACAUCUGAGUCAUCAGGCAGAGCUGUGUGGAGGGUCAACCCUCGAUGUUCAGAGCCUCUGUCAGAUUUGAAGAAUUGCUUCAGGUCCUCUGUUUCUUCCUCUUCCAUUAAUCUCAGGUGCUCAGACGGGGUGCGGCUGCUGAAUGGAUCCAGUCGCUGUUCAGGCAGACUGCAGGUGAAGACUAACCCGUCUGACCAGACCUGGUCCUCAGUGUGUGAAGCAGACCUGGACCUGCAGGAUGCACAGGUGGUGUGUCGGGAGCUGGGCUGCGGGGCUCCUUCAGUCCUGCAGGGGGCGCUCUAUGGAGAUGUGCAGACUCCCAGGUGGAGCCCAGAGUUCCAGUGUGGAGGCCAUGAGUCUGCUCUGCUGGACUGUAGAAGCUCAGGCUCAGCUAGAAGCAGCUGCUCACCUGGUAAAGCUGCUGGACUCACCUGCUCAGGGGAUGAGGUCAGGUUGGUGGGAGGAGCCAGUCGCUGUGCAGGAAGUCUGGAGCUGAAAGUUCUUGGUGAACAGAGACCUGUGGCGGGCGAUGGCUUCUCCCUGAAGACAGCAGCUCUCAUCUGUGAACAUCUGAACUGUGGCUCUGCUGUUUCUGCACAACCAACUGAUGUGUCAUAUCAAUCUAUGUGGAUAAUCAACUCAGACUGUGUUCAAUCUGGAUCUGAUCUGUGGAGCUGUGUGUCACCAUGGAGCUCCUCUGACACCCUGAAACUCACCUGCUCAGACAGGGUGCGGCUGCUGAAUGGAUCCAGUCGUUGUUCAGGCAGACUGCAGGUGAAGACUGACCCGUCUGACCAGACCUGGUCCUCAGUGUGUGAAGCAGACCUGGACCUGCAGGAUGCACAGGUGGUGUGUCGGGAGCUGGGCUGCGGGGCUCCUUCAGUCCUGCAGGGGGCGCUCUAUGGAGACGUGCAGACUCCCAGGUGGAGCCCAGAGUUCCAGUGUGGAGGCCAUGAGUCUGCUCUGCUGGACUGUAGAAGCUCAGGCUCAGCUAGAAGCAGCUGCUCACCUGGUAAAGCUGCUGGACUCACCUGCUCAGGGGAUGAGUUCAGGUUGGUGGGAGGAGCCAGUCGCUGUGCAGGAAGUCUGGAGCUGAAAGUUCUUGGUGACCAGAGACCUGUGGCGGGCUAUGGCUUCACCCUGAAGAGAGCAGCUCUCAUCUGUGAACAUCUGAACUGUGGCUCUGCUCUUUCUGUACAAGAAACUGAUGUGUCAUAUCAAUCUAUGUGGGGAAUCCACUCAGAAUGUGUUCAAUCUGAAUCUGAUCUGUGGAGCUGUGUGUCACCAUGGAGCUCCUCUGACACCAUGAAACUCACCUGCUCAGACGGGGUGCGGCUGCUGAAUGGAUCCAGUCGCUGUUCAGGACGGGAUCCAACAGCUGUAGUGGUCAGAUGGGUGGUGGUGCCGCUGUCUCUGCUGCUGCUGCAGGGGGCGCUGUGGCUGUAUUGUAAGGCCAGCAGGGGGCAGACCGGCAGACCGGGCGGACGCUGA